GACGCCUUCUUUCUGUUCCUCGCAAGUCUUCCAUUUCUUCCAGCAGCUUCCCUUCCCCACUACGCCCAAGAAGCAAACCGUGGCAAGCGAAGCCAGAACCCUAGCAAUAGCAAGAGGAGAUCCCGACCAGCCCCGCCAUGCAGGCCCCGGCGAAUCCCAUCGUUGACCUGCCGCCGCUGGUGGCGCCGCCGCCGCGGGUGAAGGCGCCGACCCCGAGGCCCCCGACGCCGGCCUCCCUCCAGCCCGACUCCCCGGGCGUCUUCUUCAGCAACGCCGCCGCCGCCGCGCCCCUCGGCUCCGCCCACCGCCGCAUCGCCAUCGCCGUCGACCUGUCCGACGAGUCCGCCCUCGCCGUCACCUGGGCCGUCGCCAACUACCUCCGCCCCGGGGACGCCGUCAUCCUGCUCCACGUCCGCUCCACCAACGUCCUCUACGGCGCCGACUGGGGCUCCGUCACGCCCACCUCCCCCGAUGACCACGCCGAGGUCGCCGCGCGCAAGAUGGACGACGACUUCGACGCCCUCACCGCCUCCAAGGCCGAGGACCUCGCCAAGCCCCUCCAGGACGCCAAGAUCCCAUACAAGAUCCACAUCGUCAAGGACCACGACAUGAAGGAGAGGCUCUGCCUCGAGGUCGAGAGGCUAGGGCUCAGCGCGGUCAUCAUGGGGAGCAAGGGAUUUGGUGCGGCGCGGAGGGCCAGCAAGGGCCGCCUCGGGAGCGUUAGCGAUUACUGCGUCCACCACUGCAUUUGCCCCGUGGUGGUGGUGCGUUCCCCGGCUGAUGCUGCCCCGGAGGGUGGGGAGGCCACCAGUGUGUUGGAUGCGGCGGUUGGCGCUGAAGACGUACUCCACCCUGUGCCCGAGGAGGACGCCGAGUACCAUGAUGCCACUGAGGAGCACAAGGAUACUUGAUCGGAUCCAUCCAUUUGAUGUCUUCUUGGGUCCAGCAGGCAAAAGUUCUAGCAGUCAACUGUUGGCUGGGUGCUUCCUUUGGUUCGUACUGAGCACAUUAGCUGUUUGUUGGGCUUUAGUGCUCUUGUCUACCCGUGAUUUCACUCUGUUGUAUUUCCUGUUGUGCUUGGUGAACAUUUGCUCGCCAGAACCUUUGUGCUUCCUGAACAUCGCGCUAUCUGUUUCUGAUGAAAUUUACAGUCUGACUGCA